AUGGUGAAUAUAUCAGAUCAUGACGAUCUACAACUACCUUCAUUACCAAAAAUAAAUCAUGAUAAUAAUUUACAUGAUUCAGGUAUUCUAAAAUUAGAUCAAUUUGGUAGAAAAAAUUUAAAAAACAUUUUACAUAUAAUUACUCAAGAAUUAAAGAAAAAAGGUACUAAAACACCUCAUAUUUUAUUACCAUUUAGAUCAAAAAUAAAAGAUUCAAAUUUAAAUCAAUUUUUAAAUUCAAUUGCACCAAAUGGAGAAAUUAUAAAAGAUUUAAAAUUAAUUCAAAAAUUAUGUUUAGAAACUGAUGAAUUUACUUUAAUUUGUUGUUUAAAAUAUUUUUGGUCAAGAUUACCAAAUAAUGAAAUUAUUGGUUAUAAUGUUUAUUUAGAAUUUAAAAGAAAAGAAAAAGAACAAAAUUAUCCUAAAAAUGCAUUUUUAACAAUUAUGCCAAAAUGUUUAUCAUCACCAGCUCAUGCAUCAAUAGUUUAUGAUUUUUUAGAUUUAAUUUUAAAUAUUAUAUCAAAUUCACAAUAUAAUUAUUUAAGUGGUAGGAAAAUUAGUAAAAUGGCAAGUCUUUGGGCUUUUAGAAACACCAAUAAUAAAGAUGAAAUAGAUUUUAUUGAAGGUAUUGAAAAUUGGAAUAAAAUAACAAUAGCAUUAUUUCAUUUAGUUUUAUCAUUUUUAAGAUCAAUGUUACCAGAAUCUGAUUCAGAAACUCUAAAAUUACCAAAAACUUUACAAAGUUUAUUAAUAACAAAUCAAUAUCCUCCAGAAAUUGAAAAAGAAAAUAUGAGAUCACUGAUUACUAUACCUUGUGUUUAUGUAACAUCAUCAAAACCUUCAAAAAAUGUUUAUGAUUUAAUAAGUAAAGUAAGGCAUAGUUUAUCAUUUGAUCAAAAGGAUAAUUUUUCAAAAGAAAAUUAUACAAUCUUAAAAAAUGUAUUUGCUAAAAAGAGUACAAGUGAAAUUGUUGAUACAUUUACAGAAGAAUCUAAAAGAAUUAUUGAUAGAUUAACAGUACAACCAGAUGAAAAUAAAUUUAAUUUAAGACCUGGUUGGGCAAGUUCAAUACAAAAAGAGGAUGUACCGUUGGUUUCAAAUAUUGUUAUUAAAGAUAUAUCCAUACAAGAUUAUUUCAUAUGGACUUGGCUAUCUUCGCUAGCUAGUGAUCAACCUUUUCAAAUUAAAAAAGCAUUCGGUAGAUCAAUUGUAGUAGAAGCUGAUGUUUUAGGAUUUCAAAAAUGGAUUGUCAUCACUGAAAAAUUAAUGGAUCCUAAAUUAGUAAAGAAGGAAUUGAAAGAGUUGAACAAGUCUAAAAGAAGUGCACCUUUACCUCCAUUACCAGUUGAAAAUAAAAAGAACAAGGAAUUUUUACCACCUAUACCAACAGAUGAUGACCCAGAUGUUUUACCACCUGACUUAGUGGAAGUUUAUGAAAAUUUUGAAAGACUGUUUGGUGAUGAAACUAGUUAUAUAUAUCCAACUUCAGUUCAUACUGAUGAAUUAAAAGAAGAAAUACCUGCAGAAAUUACAUCCAGAUUUACAAAAGUUACAGUUGGUGAUAUGUAUGCAACCAACAAUAAAGGUUUACCUAAUAGGAAAGCACCUCCUGAAAUUCAAUCAAUUCCAGUUGAGGAACAAAGUACACCACAACAAGAUCAACCAUAUUUUGAAGUAUUUGAUCCAAAUUUUGAUUCACCAAUGACAAUAAAUCAAGAUGAUUUGGGUAAACAAGAAGAAGACACUCAUUUAGAUAAAAAGAAUAAAAAGAAGGAACUAAAAUUGAGAAAGCAAGCAGAAGCUGCUCAAUUGGCCGCUGCACAAGCUGCAGGGUUUGCUACUAUACCUUCAAAUUUACCACCACUAAAUUUUAAUGACAAUCUACCUCCAAUACAACAAACUGUUAAAUCAAUGUUAUUACCUGAAGAACAAAUACAGAGUUCAAACCCAUCAGAAUCAAAAUGUCAAAAUUCUUCAAGGAAAACUUCACCUCAAAAAUAUAGAAGAACUCCUAUUGAUGAAUCAAAACCUUUACCCAACCCAAAUGACACAAAUUCUGAAAUUGAUGUUGUCCCUACAGUAGCUACAUUAAAACCUCCUAAAUUAGAACCUCCACCACUAACAAAUUCACCGUCAAUAGGUUUUAUUAGUUCACCAAACCCACAGACACAUAUUCAUAAUACUGCAUCUCCUCAAUUAUUAUCACAAUACGGUGCAAAAUAUGAUGACUUUGUUUCACAUGAUUAUACUCCUUCAAAAUCAACAAGUCCAGUAAAAGAUCAUGUAUUUCAUCUGCAACUGCCAUCAGCUAUUGACUCAUCUACUACACUUAAAGAUUCUUCUGGUCAAAAAUCAUAUACAUCUUCAUUAACAUCAAACGGAGGGUCAGAAAGUAACAAAUUCACAAGUCGUAACAAUCACCUCGAAAAGCAUAAAAUACAAGAAUCUCAGCAAUAUGGACAUCAGAAUUUGCAAUCUCAUAGCGUAUCACCACCACAACAAGGUACAAACAUUCAUCAAAUUCCACAUCCACAAAGACUUUCUCCCGAUCAAACAUUAAAUCAUCAACCUAUUCCACAAACAUCUACUCAGUCCUAUGUACAACAACCACAACAAUUUACACAUCAACAAACAAAAAGUCAACAAACACUACCUAAUCAAAUUAUAGAUAAUCACCAAAAAACAAACUUACAAAGACUUUCUCCAAAUCAACAAAUACCAACUCAAAUUAUACCUCCACAACAUACUAUUACUCAACCUACUUUACCUAUACCACAACAACCAAUGUAUCAACAACAUGUACCUUAUAUGUAUCAACCACAAAUGUACCCACAACCACCUCAACAAAUGUAUAAUCAACCACCUCAACCACAAAUGUAUCCUCCACAAAUGUAUCAAAUUCCACCCCAAAUGUAUCAACCACCACCAAAUCAACCUUAUCCUCCUCAAAUGUAUCAGCACCCUCAUCCACAUCCACAAAUGUAUCCUCAUCCUCAACUUCAUCACCAACCUCCACCACAAAAUUCAACACUAAUUUCAAAACCUCAGAACAUUUCAAAUAAUGCAAUGAUUGGAAUGAUACCAAUGGGAGCAAAACAUAAUAAAAAUAAAGCAACCAAUAAAGUCAAUUUAAGACAUGAUUUACUUCAAGGUGAUUUUGGUAUAUAA